CCUUCCUACACCAUCAUGAGCGGCACCGGUCCUGGCGAGUCGGACACCAACUAUGUCCCUCUUGUCCCCUACAAUGGCACUACCGCUACUGGCGGCGACUCGUUGAAGGACAACCUGAACGUCUUCUACGAGAGCGCUGAUGAUAACUGCAGAUUCUUCUACUCUGGUCUGGCUAGACGCAAGUCAGCCCUCUCGCUCAUCUGGCUCUCGAUCAUGGCUACCGCUGUCGUUUCCUUCCAGUGGUUCUUCUGGGGCUACUCGCUUGCCUUCUCCCACCAGGCUGGUAAAUUCAUGGGUGCCCUUGACAACUUCGGUUUCAUGAACGUCCUUGCUCAGCCCUCGGUCGGAAGCAACAGAAUCCCUGAUCUUCUGUACGUCGUGUACCAGGGAAUGUUCGCAGCCAUUACUCCUGGUCAAGACAAGAAACUAAUCAAUAUAGCGNUCGCUCUUGCGGUUGGCGCCGUCGCUGAGCGUGGCCGUCUCUUCCCAUGCGUUGUGUUCAUGUUCAUCUGGACCACCGUCGUCUACGACGCCGUCGCCUGCUGGACCUGGAACCCUUCGGGCUGGCUCUACAUCCUUGGUGGCCUAGAUUUUGCGGGCGGCUCUCCCGUUCACAUUUCCUCUGGCUGCGCCGCAUUGGCAUACUCGUUUGUGUUGGGCCACCGCAAGGGACACGGUACACACGAACUCAACUACCGCCCUCACAAUGUCACACACAUUGUCAUUGGUACAGUCUUCCUCUGGUUCGGCUGGGUAGGAUUCAACGCUGGUUCAGCACUGUCUGCCAACAUGCGUGCUGUCAUGGCGCUUGUCGUUACCAACCUCGCUGCUUCGGUUGGUGGAAUUACUUGGUGUCUCUUGGACUAUCGUCUCGAGCGUAAGUGGUCGACUGUUGGAUUCUGCAGUGGUGUUGUGGCCGGACUGGUCGCCAUCACUCCCGGCUCUGGUUAUGUCCCUGCUUGGUCGGCCGUUGUCUUCGGCGUGGUUGCAGGUAUCGGAUGCAACUACGCCACCAAGCUGAAGUAUCUCAUCAACUGUGAUGAUGCUUUGGAUAUCUUUGCCGUGCACGCUGUUGGUGGGGNNGACUAUAUUGCCCACCUUGACGGCGUCACCGUAAUCCCUGGCGGUUGGCUCAACCACAACUAUCGUCAGCUCGGCAUCCAAUUGGCUGGCUCUCUUGCAGGUGGUGGUUACUCUUUCGUCGUCUCGCUUGUCAUACUCUACACCAUGGACUUCGUCGGCAAGUACUUGUCUGCCUUCAGACUACGUGCCACCCNNCCUGAAGAGGAGGACUUGGGUAUCGAUGAUGUUGAGAUUGGCGAGUUUGCGUACGACUAUGUCGAGGUCAUGCGUGAUGUCCAGCACGGCGAUACUCACAGCGUCUCAAGCGACGAACACGAAAAGGCAUCGAGUCCUACCACCACUGGUAUGCCAGUCAAGCGCUUCGACGAGGGCAUGGCACACGGACAGCACACGCUUUUGGGAGCCAACCCACCUCCUGUGAAGUACACUGUUGGACCUGCCAACUCUGCUGGUAACUUUGUUUAA